AUGGCGUGGCACGUCGGGUUAUUUCUGCUCGGUGGUGUAUUUGCACUGAUUUACGCCUUGAUCGUACAGCGGUAUCGCUAUUGGACGAUCCGAAAGGUCCCAACGCUGCCGGCUUCGUUUCCCCUCGGGAACUUUGGAGCUCUCCGGCGUCUCUCGCCGGCGGAAGUGUCCACCGAGCUGUACCGCCAAAUGGACCGGAAGGAGCGGUUCUACGGGCUGUUUAUGACACUCAAGCCCGCCAUCAUGAUCACCGACCUCGAUCUCAUCAAGACGGUGCUCAUCAAAGACUUCAGCUACUUUCCAGACCACGGUAUCUACCACAACGAGCGCGUUGAUCCGCUGUCCGCGCACCUGUUCUGUCUGGAGGGCACCAAAUGGAAGAGCGUCCGCUCGAAGCUAUCGCCGACCUUCACGUCCGGUCGCAUGAAGGCAAUGUUUCCGAUCCUACACGAGGUCGCCGGUAACUUCCGGCAGUAUCUGCACACGCAGCUCACCGCCGAACCGACCGAGCUCGACCUGAAGGAUUGCUGCGCACGCAUGAUGAUCGAUAACAUCGGUGGCUGCGCGUUCGGCAUCGAGUGCAACAGCUUCCGCGAGCCGGACAGUGCGUUCCGGCGGUCGGGUGAGCUGGUGUUCGACAGUCCACGGUAUUCGCAGCUCGUUACCACCGUGCUGAGGCUGUACCCCGCCAUCGGGCACGCACUCGGGCUCAAGAUGCACCACGACGAGGUGAUCGCGUUCUUCACCGGGCUCGUCGAGGACACGGUGGCGAUGCGCGAACGGAGCGCCACCAAGCGUAACGACCUGCUCGACACCAUGAUCGAGCUGAAGAGUGCGACCGAGGCUGGCCUGACGAUGAAUGAGCUGACGGCGCAAGCGUUCGGUUUCUUUCUGGCCGGUUACGAAACGUCGUCUUCCAACAUUACCUUCUGCCUGUACGAGCUGGCGUUGAACGAGGAGUGUCAGGAGCGGGCGAGAGCCUGCGUCCAAGAGGCUCUGCGGAAACAUGGCGGCUUGACCUACGAGGCCAUCGCGGAUAUGGAGUACUUGGAUCGUUGCAUAAACGAAACCCUGCGCAAAUACCCACCGCUGCCGGUGCUUCAUCGACUGUCCUGCAAACCGUACCAGCUUCCGGGCACCGACGUGAUCCUCCCGGCUAAGAUGAAGCUCCUCAUACCGGUGUACGCGAUCCAGCGGGACGAACGGUACUACCCCGACCCGGAACGCUUCGAUCCGGACCGGUUCGCGCCGGAGGAGGUCGCCAAGCGCCACUUCAGCACGUUCCUUUCGUUCGGCGAAGGGCCACGGAUAUGUAUCGGUCAGCGGCUGGGCGUGAUGCAGUCACGCGUCGGCCUGGCGACGCUUUUAGCCCACUUCCGCUUCCGACCCGGGCCCAGCACACCGAUCCCACUGGUGUACGCGAAGGAUGCCGUGACGUUGCAGAACAACGGACCCGUCCGUCUGCUCGUCGAACCAUUAUAA